AUAUUCAUUCAGUGUCAAACAGGAAAACACAAGUACCCAAGUGGCGGGCCGAUUUAGAAGUAUCGUUUUUGGGUGAAAUGUGAAUUGUAAUAGAAAACUAUUUGUUUUAUUUGUGUAAAUAUUUAACUCCGGUAAAAUGGGAGUUACUGGCCUUUGGAAACUGGUGGAGCAGUCUGGGAAACCAGUUCCGCUGGAGACACUAGAGAAUAAAGUUCUUGCUGUCGAUAUAUCGAUUUGGCUGCAUCAGGUGAUUAAGGGUUUCCAGGACUCUAAAGGUAGUUCCCUGCCAAACGCGCACGUUCUGGGAUUGUUCCAUAGGCUCUGUAAACUUAUGUAUUAUCGUGUUAAGCCUGUGUUCGUAUUCGACGGUGGCGUUCCAAUGCUAAAGAAGCAAACCAUAAUCAAACGAAACCAAAGUAAGAGUAAGUUUCAAAACGAAGCGGAUCGAAUCCAACAGCUUUUACUGGAGACACUUGCAAAGGAGAAAGUUGUACAACAAGCUUUGGGAUCAGCCACCAACCUGCUAGUCUCGCCCGUAAAGAAAGUUGGUAACAGCAGUAAAGAUCAAGGAGAGCCCGAUGAAAUGUUCAAGCUUCCCCCUCUCAAGGAGGAUUCGCCGUUCAAAAGCCCAGAAAACGCGCAAACAGAUUUGGAUGAUAGCACCAGUUCGUGGGACGAAAAAACCUCGAAGAACUACUAUCAUUUAAAUUUAAAUGCCAUUGAUGUAACCAGUGUGCAUUUUAAAAAUCUUCCGGCCGAUGUGCGGCAUGAUAUUUUAUCCGACAUUAAGGAUACCCGGAAGGAAUCAUCUUGGGGAAGAUUGCAUGAACUCCCCGUAGAAAGUAAUGAUUUCUCGUCGUUUCAAAUGAAACGAUUACUGAAGCGUCGUACGGUUCAAGUCGAGCUCGAAGAGGCCGAAAAGGAAAUGGGUGGCAAAUGUCUCUCGUUGGCCGAGCUUGAAGCUUUGCUGUCCGAGGAGGGUGUCGAUACAUGUUCGGAUAGGGCAGCACAGAAAAUUGCUUCUGAUGAAAACACAAGAUUUCUGCUGGUCAGAGAUGUUCAGAAGGCAAUCGAGAAAGCCAAAGCUAGAGAAGAGGAGCAAAUGAAUGCCCCGAAACCAGCCAAGUUGCCCAAAGUUGAAGUGAAGAAAAACGAUAGUCUAGAGAUUUUAGACGACAAAGAUAUGGAUGAAGAAUUGCAGUUGGCGAUCAAAAUGUCUCUGAUGCAGGAUGAAGAUCCCAAUGUGAUGAUUGAUUUAGAGCCGGAAGAAGUCCGCAUGUCUAAACAACAGAAACAGGUUCUUGGAGGUGCGGCUUUGAGCUUAGCUCGAGGUUAUAUGAUGGAAUAUGGUGGAAUGUCAAACGACGACGUUCGUGAGUUGUUACAGCAAACACAAGACGUAGACGCUGGCGAUGUGGAGCAGUCUUUUACGCAAAUGUUUGAACACAAGGAUGUUUAUGUUUUACAGGACAAGAAAGUACAGGAUGAUGAUGUGCAAGAAAUAUAUUCGUCAUCUGAAACCGAGUCUGAUUCGGACUUUAUCGAUGUUCCAACGGAUGAUCUUGAUGAUUCAGUGCCGGGAGUGUUGUUACCGCUUAACCCUAGUAAUCACAUGAAGCCACUUUAUACUACGGUUGUGGACUUCACCUUGGAUGAUCUCAAAGUCAACAAAGAAGGGAAGAAGGUGGUAGAGGUGCUCAUCGAUACAAAGACGCUAGGUCAGAAAGAUGAAGACGAUAUCUUUGCAGAUGUAUUUGCGACGACAUCAACUGAUAACGUUGCUGCUAAAUUGCCUGUUCCUGCUUCUAAUGAACCGCCAAUCAUGCCUAAACCUCCGGUUUGUAUAAAACCUUCUAUUAAAAUCAAGAAAGUCGAUGACAUUAAUGCGGGACUCAAAGAAGAACUAGAGCGUCUAAAAGCAUGUCCAGUGAUAGAUUUAGAUAAAAUCGAUGUUACCGUUGCUUUGGAAAGUAAUGCUCCGCCACUAGAUGCUGAAGAGAAUGAAAUAAUAAUACCAAAUACAGAAAAAACUGUCCAAAAAUCGGAAAUCAACGAGCAACUGGUGAAAGAACCGAGCUCAUCGAAACCACCAACGAACUUGAAUCAGGCAACUCUGCGCAAUUCAUCAGCACCGAUCAAUAUUACCAUAUCCGAUGGAGAGGAUAGCGAUGCCACAGUUGGUUAUUCGCCAAUGAAAGAAGUUCAAAAGAUUGCUGAAGCUAAAGUCGAGGAAAAUCGAGAACAGGUAGCGAAUUUGGACAUAGCUACCUCCAUCGAUCAAUCCAUUCCUGUCUACGGAACACCGAAGAAGGGUACGCUGGAACAGUUUGUAAAAUCUCGGACACCCGGUAGUGAUUCUAAAAAAUCUGAGCCCGAAGAAGAUCUACCGAAUGUUCCGAAGCCAUACUUCGUCAACACAACUCCCACAUCAUCGGGUAAAAAAAGUGGAUUAAAAUCAAACGGUAGUCCUCCGAAAUCGACUCGUAUAUCAAAAGAAUUAUUUCCAGAGCAAGAGCCGAUUCCUUCGACAAGUAAAGCCGUGACACAUGCCACUUCUCUAAUCACUGAAAUGGCUGAUAGCUUGAAGGAUAACAAAACUCCGCUCGAGCUAAAACGCAUGGCGCUAAAUCUUGCACAGGAAGAACGUGAGUUGGAAAAAGAGAAGAAUCGCCAAAAUCGCAUGGGAAAUUCAAUUACGGAACAAAUGCAGAACGAUUGUAUGGAACUGCUGAAGUUGUUCGGUAUACCUUUCAUAGUGGCUCCUAUGGAAGCUGAAGCGCAGUGUGCGUUUCUAAAUCAAAUCGAUAUAACGGAUGGAACCAUUACCGAUGAUAGUGAUAUUUGGUUGUUCGGUGGGAAAACAGUGUACAAGAAUUUCUUCAAUCAACAAAAGCUUGUAAUGGAGUUUACCAUCGAAAAUAUCGAAAGGUUGUUCCAGGUGGACCGCAAAAAACUAAUUCAGCUAGCUUUGUUGGUGGGAAGUGAUUAUACUACAGGAAUCCACGGCGUCGGUGCAGUAACGGCAUUAGAAAUACUUGCAUCCUUUCCUUCCACUCCAGAAAAGGAAGGAGAAACAAAUGAAAUAAUGUCACUUCUGUCAGGACUGCGCAAGUUCCGCGAAUGGUGGAAUCACGGCCGCAAUAGUUCCGUCGGAACACGAAUCGCACUCAAAUCGAAGCUCAAAAACAUCGAAUUUACGGAGGGAUUUCCCAGUUCGGGUGUGGUCGAAGCUUAUCUUUAUCCCACGGUAGAUGGUAGUGAUGAAGCAUUUUCUUGGGGCUAUCCCGAUGUGGAACGGUUGCUAGUUUUUGCUAAACAAAAAUUUGGUUGGCCAACUUCAAAGACAAAUGACAUUCUUAAUCCUGUUCUGAAACGAUUGGAUGAACGAAAGUCACAGGCAUCCAUAAAGAACUACUUUAAAGUGCAGAGUGCUGUCGCCCAUAAUCAGGUGAAGGUCAGCAAACGUGUCCAGCAAGCAGUCGAUACAAUGGCUGGUAAAAUAACAGAAGAACAGACAAAAAGUCCUAAAAAGCGUGUCACCAGAAAAAAGAAACCUGAUAGUUCUAAAUUAACUAAUGAGGAUGGUACAACUAGCAAGCAAGCUGUAAGUUCAACACAAAGCAAUGGAGAAGAUUUUGAAGAGCCUAAAAAAGGUCGAGGACAAAAGUCCACUGCUGGUAGAGGCAAAAAAGCGGGAUCGAAACCACAAACUAGUAGCGACGUGGAAAAACCAUCCACAUCUUUAUCUAACAUCUCCGGAAUAAUUGCUAAAAUAAAUGAUCAGUCGGCAGAACUACUUGGCGACAACGCACCGAAGAGCAAAAAAGCUUCCAUUAAGAACAAAAUACCCGAUUUCAAUCCAGCUAUUCCGCAACGCUUGAAGGACCAAGAAGAAAUGGCCAAUCGAAAGCAACGUGCCGUUGAACUAUUUCGCAAAACUCAGGCCGAUGCUCAAAGUAAGAGAACGCGGAGAUAAUCCGACAGCGAUGGCUUUGUGUUGACUCACUAUUAUAGUGUAGGUACACAAUAACUUCUCGGCGUUCUCUGUUUAAAUAAAGCAAUUUGUCUUAUAAGAAAGCUUUAUCAGCACCGCUUAAUCUUAAUUUACCUCCACUGUGAUGUGUGACAUCCUUGAUUUGAGUAUUGCGGCUGUGUCUAUACUGUGCCCUAUUAGAAUUGGAUAAUUGUAGACAUCCGCUUCGAGCGGCCAUUGGCCAAACCAGCGGAAGAAACGGCAAUUGUGUUCUGAUCUAUAUACAUACAGCUAGCAGUGUUUCUCGUUAGCAUUUCAUUAGUACCGUAAAUAUUUCCGUUCGUGUUUACCUUUGUGGUGGAUCUAUAUGUGAUGGAAACGAAGGAAUAAAUCAGAAAAGUGGUAUUUGAACAUGGAAACUAAUAUGAAUUUUAAUCGAUGAAACGGUUAACUUGCAAAACAUUUCAUAGUGUUGAUUAAUUGAUUA